UAUCGAUUAUUAGUGUUCACAAUAAAAUCGUCGAGUCCUCGAGUAUUUUUACUCAGUGUUUUUAUUCCUUCGCAGUGGUGCAAGUCACACAUAUCGAAAACAAAGAAUUAUCCCGUUUCAUUCUCAAAGUGACCAAAGAAAACAGUCAAAAUAAUUCGCUCACGGAUAAUCAUGGAAGCGUGUAAUACGGUUGAGCGUGAGCUCGACAAAGUAUUGCGUAAAUUUGAGGAUAUCAACGAGAAGGCUGGCGAGGUGUUAAGUGAUUUAAUCAAUCAGAUUGAGACUUUGAAGCGAGAGCUGGAGGAAGCCCCUCCAGAGCAGGAACUAACACCCAGUCAGGUCCAAAUACUCAAACAGGCUAUGAAAAAGGUGAGAGACACAGUCCAGGAUUUGGCGACUAAUCAUCGUGAGUCUCACAACACAGUGUCAAAAGUUGGUAAAGCCAUUGACAGGAAUUUCAUAGCUGACUUUGCCAGUACGAGUAGAGAAGAUGUCUUCAACAGUGCUGAAAAGACACAUCUGUUGAAUCAAGUGAUCUGUCAGCAUUUUUAUCGCCAGGGAAUGCUGGAUAUUGCUGAUGAGCUCGCAGCAGAAACUGGAAUAAAGACUGAAGAAGGAAGGAAAGAGCCAUUCACAGAACUGAAUUACAUCCUCGAUUGUCUGAAACAGAGAAAUCUAGAGCCAGCGUUAGAGUGGACUUACAAUCACAGAGAUGCUCUACGCGCUCAGAAUUCAUCCCUAGAAUUUAAACUCCAUAGAUUACAAUUUAUAAGAUUAGUGGAACAGGGGCCCAGCAGUCAGGCUGAGGCUGUUAUGUAUGCACGAAAACACUUAACACAAUUUGUCAAUCGACAUGAGAAAGAGGUUCAGUCACUCAUGGGAACGCUCUUGUAUUUGCCAAAUGGAAUUCAGGCAUCACCCUACAGUCAUUUAUUAGAUCCAACACUCUGGCUGGAUAUUCACGAUGUUUUUACCAAAGAGGCUUGCACUUUGUUGGGGCUCAGUGUCGAUAGCCCAUUAUCUGUGUGUGUGAAUGCUGGAUGCACAGCACUGCCUGCAUUACUCAAUAUUAAACAAGUCAUGCAGCAGAGACAAGUAACUGGAAUUUGGAAUGGAAAGGACGAGCUUCCAAUUGAAAUAGAUCUGGGUAAACAGAGUCGUUACCACUCAGUCUUUGCCUGUCCAAUAUUACGCCAACAGAGCACUGAAAAUAAUCCUCCCAUGAAGCUGGUCUGUGGUCACGUAAUAUCCAGGGAUGCACUUAAUAAAUUAACAAAUUCAAACAAGAAUCAAUUCGUUUCCAGGCUUAAGUGUCCAUAUUGCCCUGUUGAGCAAAAUCCGGAGGACGCAAGACUCAUUUAUUUCUGAAGCCACUACGAUGUCAUUAUUGAAAUUCAUCGAUAUUAAUUUUUUUUACCCGAACUUUGCAUGAUGAUUUUAUUUUUCAUAACAAAAAU